AUGAUUGACGACAGUCUGACCCAGAGAAAGGGUGCCCUCAUCGUCAACUUCAUAUUCACCAUCAUCAUCAUCAACAACAACCCCACCGUUAUCAUCAAUAUACCCAACUCCAUCACCACCAUCACCAUCAUCAUCAUCAACAACCCCACCGUUAUCAUCAAUACACCCAACUCCAUCACCACCAUCACCAUCAUCAUCAUCAACAACCCCACCGUUAUCAUCAAUACACCCAACUCCAUCACCACCAUCAUCAUCAUCAUCAUCAACAACCCCACCGUUAUCAUCAAUACACCCAACUCAAUCACCACCAUCACCAUCAUCAUCAUCAACAACCCCACCGUUAUCAUCAAUACACCCAACUCAAUCACCACCAUCACCAUCAUCAUCAUCAACAACCCCACCGUUAUCAUCAAUACACCCAACUCCAUCACCACCAUCACCAUCAUCAUCAUCAACAACCCCACCGUUAUCAUCAAUACACCCAACUCCAUCACCACCAUCAUCAUCAUCAUCAUCAACAACCCCACCGUUAUCAUCAAUACACCCAACUCAAUCACCACCAUCACCAUCAUCAUCAUCAACAACCCCACCGUUAUCAUCAAUACACCCAACUCAAUCACCACCAUCACCAUCAUCAUCAUCAACAACCCCACCGUUAUCAUCAAUACACCCAACUCCAUCACCACCAUCACCAUCAUCAUCAUCAACAACCCCACCCAUCAUCAUCAUCAACAACCCCACCGUUAUCAUCAAUACACCCAACUCCAUCACCACCAUCACCAUCAUCAUCAUCAACAACCCCACCGUUAG